AUGCCCGAUGAGGAGUUCAAGGCUCUUGUAGAUCUGCACCGUCCCGUCAGUUCUGAAGUCUUCUGCCUCAUUGUCGACAACAGGUUCCGGAACACAUUGCAUUUCCUCAAAUUGUGCUUGGCUCGCGAUCUGGAUUUCUACUGGGACCAACGGCACCAUACAAGAGAAGAAGACCAGAAGCGACUGGAAAAGUACUUCGACGAAACAUUUCUGCCACGACUGCUUCAUAUGAUGCGGAAUUUGGCUAAUGCUGAUGUCCGUGGCUUGAGGAUGGCAAUCGCGUGGUAUAUGACCAUGAAACUGGAGUUGAUACACAACGAUGAGAUAUAUCUCGGCGUCUGGGCUAAUUCCGUUCUCGACUGCUUUUUGCUUGAGACAUUCUAUGGCUGGGACGGAAAAAAACCAAGCUAUCGCCGGGAAGCCUACUGCAAGCCGAUACCAUUUGUCGAUGCCGCUCGGCAAUGUAGAUUGAUCCGAGAACAGGCAAGAGAAAUCCCUGGUUGUCCUGUUCAUGACAAGUACGAAUUUCAGUCUCGGUACUACCAGUUUCACGAAAGCGAAUGCAUGCAGGCCCAAUGGGUAGCAGCCUAUAGUAUAUUUGAACGCCAGGCUUAUGCCGAGACCAAAAGAAAAGUGUACCACGUCGUCGGACUCAGAUUACCAAGAGAGCUUGCAGACAUGGUGUUUGACUAUGCUCUUGUGGCCGAAGGCAUACCCAAGGAUCUCAAGACGUACUUCGAGUUUCAACCUGAGUUCGAAGAAUGCGGAGUAGAUGCGUAUGCAAAAGUCUGA